AUGGAGCGGUUGCAAGCGCCGUUCGCGUUUGGUUCUUCGGCGCUGCUCUCGUUGAGAUUUUUCAUUUCAUUUUUUUUUGCUUGUUUGCGCAGAGAAAACUCGCCUCUUUUUGCCUUGAGAGAAAUGUGCUGCGCGAUGAGGAUGAGUGUGUUUUAUUUGAUGAGAUGCGAAGAUACGAACGGGCGGAUGCGACUGUUUUUGUAUCGUUGUGAACGUAUUCUUUGCGGAUAUUAUGGUCGUUUCCUGGUGUGGUGGUGUUUUGCGCACACCGACGACGAGACGACGGACGCGCGAUUUUGGUCCUAA